CUUCGUCAGUCAAUCCGAGAUGAUUCGUUUUACCGAAAUAUUGUUAGUUGUUAGGAUUGUUGUGUUGUCUCUCACGUACAAUGCUGCACGUCCCUUGACGUCGGCUGUUCUGAUGAAGUCGUCGACUCUUCCUCUCUUUUGGAUGUUUGCGAGAGCGGUGAAGAUGAGCGGUCCGCUGUUUGUUGUGGGCGUUGUCAUCCUCGUUUCUGCUGUAGUGGGCACUGUGUAUGUCUACAUUGUCCCAUAUCACAUGGAAAGGAGUUAUGUUCUGUGCACAAUCUACAUUGUUGUGGGACACUGGCUACUUGCCAACAUCGUGUUUCACUAUUACAAGGGUGUUACCACGAAACCUGGAGCUCCCCCAAAGAUGUCGGACAUCAAUGAACGUCCUUUGCGACGACAUUGGAAGAUCUGUCACAAGUGUAUGCAGCUCAAAGCACCAAGAACGCAUCACUGCUCGAUCUGCAAGCGAUGUGUUCUCAAGAUGGAUCAUCAUUGCCCGUGGAUCAACAACUGCAUUGGUCAUUUGACACAUCGAUAUUUCUUCUUGUUCUGUGUCUACAUGACGAUGGGAACAGGCUUUGUUGUCUGGAUCAACUGGAAUGUUUUCUCAGAACUAUUCUUCACUCGCCAACAGAUCCCUAGAUCAUUCAGUACUCUACAUCCUCCACCAGACGACGACCCUAUUCAACGCAAGUCGGUCAUAGCAGUCACUCUUUUGUGUGCUGCUGCGGCCUGUACUGUUGGAUCUCUCACUAUGUGGCAUGCAUAUCUUAUCUCACUUGGAGAGACUUCUAUUGAAUUUUACAUUAACAGAGAGGAAGAGAGACGCUAUCAGAAGAAGGGCUUUGUGUACACUAAUCCGUAUGAUCACGGGAUCAAGAAGAAUUGGAAGCUGUUUCUUGGUUUAGCUAAUGGAAGAGACUGGCGGCACAUUUUGUGGCCAUCGUCUCACCGACCUAUAGGAAAUGGACUCGAGUGGGACACGUCAAGUUAUGUAGGAGCUACGUCACGAGGAGACCAGCCACUCUCUAACGGAUUACCGUAUGCACAUAAACCUCCAUCAACAUAUAUAUGAUCUAUUGUACGUAUUAAAACUGGAUGAAUUUGAGUGUACACGUGUCAUUGAGUUUUUUAGUCUACUGACUUAUGUAUGCAUGCAAUGCAUGCUAUGCCGACAGUCGGCUUUUUAUGCUAUUGAUCUGAUUGAUGAUUUAGAUUUUGAAGUCACAGACUACAAUAAAUGUUAUGUUGAUUA